AUGAGUCUGCACAAUGUACGCGAGGAAGACUGCGCCAUUGAGCCUAAUGUCCUCACAAAAACGUUCUGGGGAACAUUUACACUCAACCACGCAUGGGCGAUGGUGAAGGGUGAGCUGCCACACUGCCUGCCUGCACUGCACUGCCCACCCAUGCCAGUAAUUUCUACCGACUUUGAGACGUCAUCGUGGGCCCCAUAUGCGGACGGCGAUUGGUAUGACCAGCUGCCAGAGGUCAUGCGACUAGGUCACAAUUCAACGCCUGCGUUUGUACUAUCACCUCUCUGUUCUUCUACUCUUUCGACCGUUCUUGCGAGUCCGUCUCAUUGGUUCAGGGAUUCUUCCUCUGGAAUUCUGUUCCGGGCAGCCGAUGCCAUGCAGCGCCCAGUCGGCUCCUACUCAAAGCUCUAUACCUUGCGCAGGGCACCGACUUUCAUGCCUUUCUUCAAUUUUGCGUCAGCUACAAUUUAUCAGGCUACUUCUACCAUGAUUACGGAGCUGGAUCAUAGCAAGGUAUCUGUCUCGCCAACUCCAGACGUCAAUGAAACAUGA